UAGAGCAGCAGCUCGUGCUCAAGUGGAAACGCACACCGCAAACAUACUCACUGCUGAACGGGCGGCACGAGACUCUUCCUCACCUCCAUCACCAAGCGUCACUUUCUUCAGUGCACGAAGGGAUGCUAAACAGGAAGGUUUCAUCACCGCCGCCACCACCAUCAUCAUCAACCGUCAUCCUCAUCUGCGAGAGAGAGAGAGAGAGAAGCAGCGGCUCUCCGUGGGCUGAAAAAGUUGAGGAAGAUAGGGUUUAUUAAAGGAGCACCGGAGGGGCUCGUGCCCGGCGUUAACGCGGGAUAAUCCACCCGGCACGGUCUGAUCCUACUUUGGAGUGUGCAGGACCUGGUGCUGAGUGGGAUUUGUUAACGGUGCUUUCCAGGAUCGUUCCGUGCACCGUCCCCGGUGCUGACUCUGACCUCCGGCGUGUUUGUUUUUUUUAGUCCAUUUUUUCUUCUUCUUUAAACGAUCGGCCCGUUAUUGUUAUUACUGUUAUUAUUAACGGGUCCGGUGUUUAAUCCCAUCGGUGUGAGCUGGAUCUGGUCUCUGGCGGUUUAACGGGAUCCCCACAUGUGCCAGCGGAUCAAUAACAGCUUCCUGGCAUUUAUCUGUGAACUCCCGUCAUGUCCCUGAUGGAUUUCUUCCACACCACACGCACUUAAUGGAUUUCUAACGGUGGUGUAACGAAUCCCGGGACCGUCCCGGGUGGACUUGAGGGUUAGUUUAUUGACCGACGGUAACCUCAGCCCCCUCCCCGGGAGCAGAAACAGCCCGCAGGUAUAAAGCAGGUGUUCACAUCUGGGUUACCGAGGAAAACGGGACGUGCAGCAGAGAAAGCGCGGUCCUUUGGACUGAAGUGAGUCUGACUAAUAGCGGAUCACCCCCGGAGAGGUACCCUUCCACCCCGGGGACCGACUGCUGUUUAAAACGGACACGGAGAUCAUCGCUUCCUAGUGGGGGCGAGAGAAGAGAAGUUACCGGAGAACCAGAGGAGUUUUUCUUCUUAUAAUAUUUACCGAUGAACCUGUAAUGUUUGGACAACCUUCAUGAUCAAUAUCUGAGUGAUUUCACUGAAGGAACUGAUUAAUUGAUGGUGGAUUUUAAAAAGGGGGUUUUCAGCUCUUUCUGUGGAUUUCUGUCCCCACCGAGCGGCAUCCAUGUAAUCAAUACAAUCCUGGGUUAUCAAUCAGUUUUAAUCCAGCUUCCAUCCGUCAGGCUCAUGAGCUGGAAAGCUGGGAUCGUUUAGACCUCGUGGAGUAGCCGAGUGAAUUAUCUCCUCCACGGUGAAAUAAACCCACAUGCUGGCCGUAAAUUAUCCACUUAACCCCCCUCAGGAGAGGAAAAGGAGAGAGAGAGAAACCGAGUGCUAUAGACACAGACCGCAGCGAGAGAGUUAUUACCGUUUUUAAACUACACCUUUAUCAGCAGCAAAGCUAAUUUUAAUUUGAAAUCCAUCAGAGAAAAGGGGUCAAACGGAGGCGCUUCCUCAAUUUUUAACAGCAACUUUAAGUUUGUGUGACAGAGAAGUCACUACAAAACUGUACUUUAAAAACAAGAUUACUGAAGUAUUCUGCUUUGGGACAAAGCCCUAAGAAAACUGAGUAAUUACAAAUUAAUCUCGAGCUUGUAAUAAAAAAAAAAAACAAAGACAAAAAACUGGAUUUCUUGACAAAGAUCCGAAUUCAAAACUUUAUUUUACUCAAAAUAAGAUCUGAACAUAUGCUGGUGUGACUUUGAUUUGAUUAAGUCUUCAUUUGAUUCCAAACCUUAAAUGCAAUCAUACUAAUCUCCAAGAGACUUGUAACACAUCUUAAUGUCUUGUAAGUUAUUAUAAUCUUCGACUGUAACAUUAUGACAAUCCCAUAAUAGUCCGAAAGGGAUUUAUUUAUGGUUUAUUGCGGAUGUGUAAGAGCUUUAACUCAGAGCAAAUUAACUUUACUCGUACCUUUGGUUGAGGGUCUUUGACUUGGUAACGUGACCGUUUUUAAAGUUCAAACUGAUGAUUUCCAUCAUCCAUAACUGACUUGAAUUUACAAUCUGAGAGGAAAUCCAGAUAAGGUUGCUUUUACAGCAUAAGGCUUUAUUCCCAGUUUUAUACCUUGUGGUGGUUAAGUGUUUAGCUUACCCAGCUGAUUUCCAGUCUAUGGAUGAUACGCUCACUGUAUAGCCACAUCCUCAACGGCAUACCUCCUCCGCUCUGUCCCUCUCCUCCUUCUCCUUCUCAGGCUUCACUGCUCUUGAAAUCAAGCCAUGCAGCAUUGAUUUUUUUGUUUCUGUUCACCGCAAAACCAAAACGCACAUGACCAUCUCAUUUUUUCUGUUUUUUCAGUUUGGUUGCCUGAAAUGUAAGACGUGCAGCAGUGCUGAUUUUUCACAUCUAGGCAGAACUCAAGGACGUUCAUAACAGUCCAUCAGCAGCAAGGUCAGAGUUCAGUUUUUCAGAUAUAUAACUGCUGGAGUUUCAUCAGCACAGACUGAUAGGCUGACAGGCUGAAUCAAGACUGGAAUCUUUUGGACGAUCAAAACACAUUCAAUCACAUCAAGUUUACUGUAAACAAGCUGAAAUCUGACCUGUGCAUAAAUGAAUAUUUUUUUGAAUCAGAACCUGUUUCUGCUGCUGAACUUUGACAUUAUUUCUUUGCUGUUCUAGUGACAUUUUAAGCUAAAUGGGACUAAACGACAGCAGCCCGGGAGCCAUGCGGAACGGCCGUGGCCUCUCGGAUCAGUGGGCAGAAUCAGUGGUGGUCCGGCCUCGAACCACUGAGCGCCACAUAACGGUGCACAAGCGCCUGGUGCUGGGCUUUGCCCUCUCCAUACUCACCCUCAUUAUCGUAACAGCAGUAGCCGUUGCGCUCAACGUCAAAUUUGAGGACUGUGGUGCACGAGAUCGCGAUGAAUCAACUGGAGAGCCGAGUUCCCGAGGCCCCGGUGGGUCUGCAAAGUUGAAUGGAGGCAGAGGGGAAAGGACGGGGGAGAAAGGGGACGAAGAGGUGGUCCAGCCGUGGAGAAACUCACGAUUACCAGGCUCGGUGAGGCCUCGGCACUACGACCUGCGGCUUGCCGUCUACAUGGAUAACUUCACCUUCUCUGGCGAAGUCAGCAUUGAGCUGGAGUGCAUUAAUGCCACCCGUUUUAUUGUGCUGCACGCUGAUCGCUUAGAGGUGGACCGGGUGACAGUUACUGCUGAGGGCGGUGUUGGAGGUCGUCCUUCCAACAGGCCCGGGGGCGGAGUCAUGCGUAUCCACCGACACUUCCCCUUCCCAGCCAAUCAGAUGUACGUGGUGGCGCUGCACCGCGAGAUGAAGCCGAUGAGGGUUUACCGGCUAAACGUGAGCUUUGAUGCUGCCAUCGAGGACGAGCUGCUGGGCUUCUUCAGGAGCUCAUACACAAUGCAGAGAGAGAGACGCUACUUGGCAGUAACUCAGUUCAGUCCUAUCCACGCCCGGAAGGCCUUCCCCUGCUUUGAUGAACCUGUCUACAAGGCCACAUUCUCCCUCACCCUCCGCCACGACCCACAGUACACCUCGCUGUCCAACAUGCCGGUGGAGAGCAGCUCGCUGUCGGAUGAGGACGGCUGGUUGACCAAUCACUUUGCCCGGACGCCUCGCAUGUCCACGUACUACUUGGCCUGGGCUGUUUGCAACUUCACCUACAGAGAGACGCAGACGGACAGCGGCGUGACGAUCCGUCUCUAUGCCCGGCCAGAUGCCAUUUUGAGCGGAGCAGGGGACUACGCCCUCCACAUUACUAAGAGGCUCCUCGGAUUUUAUCAGGACUACUUCAAAGUCCAGUACUCUCUGCCUAAACUAGACUUGUUGGCUGUGCCCAAACACCCCUACGCCGCCAUGGAGAACUGGGGCCUGAGCGUCUUCGUGGAGCAGAAGAUCCUGUUAGAUGCAGACGUGUCGUCCUCAUCCUAUCAGAUGGAACUCACCAUGGUGGUAGUCCACGAGAUUUGUCACCAGUGGUUCGGUGAUCUGGUGACUCCAGUGUGGUGGGAGGAUGUUUGGCUAAAAGAAGGUUUUGCUCAUUUCUUCGAGUACGUCGGCACUGACUUUCUCUUCCCAAAGUGGAACAUGGAGAAGCAGCGCUUCUUGACUGAUGUCCUUCAUGAGGUGAUGCUGCUGGAUGGCCUGAGUUCCUCCCAUCCAAUCUCCCAGGAAGUGGAACAAGCGACAGACAUUGACCGUGUCUUUGACUGGAUUGCCUACAAAAAAGGGGCGGCACUGAUCCGGAUGCUUGCUAACUUGAUGGGGCAGCCGCUGUUCCAGAAAGGACUCAAUGAUUAUCUGCUGAGUCACAUGUACAGCAAUGCUGCCAGAGACGACCUGUGGAGGAAACUGUCUCAGGCCAUGCACUCAGAGGGCCGAGAUAUUGACAUCGGGGAGAUGAUGGACAGGUGGACUCUACAAAUGGGCUACCCUGUUGUCACCAUCAGCAAGAACCAAUCAGAGCAGCUCCCUACAUAUUACAUCACAGUCAGCCAGGAGCACUUCCUGUAUGGAGAGGAAGUCAGAAAAAACAACAGUUUACAGUGGCAGGUCCCUCUCACAGUCGCCGUGGGAAACACAUCCGCCGUUUGUUCAGAGUCUCUCAUCUGGAUCAACAACAAGACAGAAACCCACAGGAUUGGUCAGAUGGAUGACAGCACAUGGUUGGUAGGCAACAUCAAUCAGACGGGCUACUUCCGCGUGAACUACGACCUCCAGAACUGGAAACUGCUGAUUCAGCAGCUGCACACCAACCCCCAAAUCAUCUCCGUUGGAAACAGGGCAGGACUUAUCGAUGAUGCUUUUAACCUGGCCAGGGCGGGGUACCUUCCACAGGGUGUUCCUUUGCAGCUGAUUGGCUAUCUGCCAGAGGAGACGUCCUUCCUUCCAUGGCACGCUGCCAGCCGAGCGCUCUACCAGCUGGACAAACUGCUGGACCGCACAGACGAAUACAGGCUGUUCAGUGACUACGUGCUGAAGCAGGUUGCAUCGCGGUACCAUCAGAUGGGUUGGCCAACGAAUGGCCCCGGCACAGAGGGCAACAUCCUGCAAGCAUCCUACCAGACUGAGGAGUUGCAGAGAGAGCUUAUCAUGUUAGCUUGUAGCUUUGGAAACAAACAGUGCCACCGUCAAGCCGUUGCCUACAUCUCUGACUGGAUCUCCAGCAACAAAAACAGGAUUCCUCCUAACAUCCGAGACAUAGUUUACUGCACCGGAGUCAGCCUGAUGGACGAGGAUGUGUGGGAGUUCAUCUGGAUGAAGUUUCACUCUUCCAACGCCGUUUCAGAGAAGAAGAUCCUGCUGGAGGCUCUGACCUGCUCAGACAACACUUUCCUCCUCAACAGGCUGUUGAACCUGUCUCUGACUUCGGACCUGGUCCCAGAGCAGGAUGUGAUUGAUGUCAUCAUCCACGUGGGUCGAAACCCUCAGGGUCGGAACCUGGCCUGGAGGUACUUCAGAGAGAAGUGGGACAUCCUGAACGCGCGAUACGGUGAAGCUUUGUUCAUGAAUUCAAAACUCAUCAGUGGAGUCACAGAGUUCCUCAACACUGAGCGAGAACUGAAUGAGUUAAAGGAGUUCAUCCUGUCCAGUGGUGUGGGGGCGGGGCCUGCGUUGCCACGAGCACUGGAAAUUGUCGAGGGCAAUGUGCGCUGGCACCGCCUACACCGGCGGCAGUUCUACCAGUGGCUACGCAAACCUCCGAGUACCACCUUCGGCUAGGACCAUGCCAGCCAGCUAAAGUGAAGUGACUGCAAACUGACUGCUAUGCUAACGCCCUGCUAGCUACCAGAUGCAGUCGGACAGAAAAAAAGAUGGACUGAAAGAUCAAGAAUACUGGGCAGACUGGUUUUGAUUUUUUAAAAGAACCUUGAUUUCAAUCUUUUUAGCUCUACUGGAUUGCUUUCUUCCACUUGUGGCUGAUGUGGUUAAAUUGGUUUCUGUGCUAUGUUUAGACUGCUUUAAGGGUAGUCACUGAGACAAGAACCAGCUCCCAGAUUAAAAACAGCAUACAACAAAGUGAAAUGACUAAGAUCUUUAUAAACAACGAAAAAACAAAGUUGUAUUUCAGCUAGACGUCAUUAGACACAGCCCAUGGAGGACUACUUACUGUGGUAUUAGCAGUCACGGGUGUUUCUUUCUGAGGUUGACAACGCAUUUAGAUAUAAAUGGUUUAGUGAGUUUUCCCUUUAAAACAUCUAAUAUGACACUGAUGUUUGAUACUAGCUUUUCUUUUGAUCAAAAAAUGGGAACACAACCAGUAUCGAAAAGUCAAAAAGUUCUGUUCAUUUGGACAUAGCAUUUUCAGUGGGAGAAACAUUU